AUGUUGUCUAAAGAUCCAAAUAUCUCGGAAAUUGAAGAUCCAAAUAUUUCAGAAAUUAAAAAAGACCUUGCCUCUCUUACCACAAGAUUUCAUUCUUUGGAAACAAUUCUAAGAGAGUACGUUAUAAACUCGGAUUUCCUUGAUGAAUUGGUGACUGAAGAAAAAUGA